AUGUUAGGGGGUCAUGGCAAGCCUUGUAAAGCACACAAGCAAGGCGUUAUUACACGGGCUCUACGGAUACACAUUGCCAACAUCGACAACUUAGAGUACAUUUACAUACAUCCCAUAACCAAGCUCUUUCACCUCUACCUGUUACUCGAAACUUCCCUCGUUCUGGCUCCUCCAUCUUUCCUCCGUUUGCGGUUUCAUACGGCCAAGCCUGGCCUGAGACUCCGUACCACAUUCUCUUUUCUCCGAUAUCUCAUCCCACAUACCCGCAAUCGUAUUUGGACCAGAUUCCUAGACCUUCGACACGACGUAUUUCCGUCCUUUCGUCAGCGAGCCCAUCUUCGCGUCUAUCGGGCGAUUGCUAAUAGGCGACAGCUUAAGCACAGACACAAGCAUCACAACGACCCAUCCUAUAGUCCUACCACUGCUAGGACAUCGGGAAAUAAAAGGCAGCCUGGGCUACUCUCGUUUCUGCUCUCAAAAUCGAGGAAGGGAACUGGACCGGGACAUAGAAGGAGAGGAGCAACGACGGACCGUGCCUGUGCCCAUAUUGUUUUUGAUUACCAUAGACACAGUCGCAUUCUGGGUGCCAUUAGCCGGCAUUUGAGGAAUGUCGAGAGAGGUGACCGGAUGAUGACACCACAGUCUGGGCCUUCAGGCCCGUACCGGGAUGAUCCUUCAAGUGAAGCUGGUUCCGGAUAUGGAUAUGGAUAUGGACAAGAGGGUGGUGGUCGAGAGCGUGGAGCUCGCAGGAAGAAAAUUUACGGCUACUUGAAGGCAGCGAAUGAGCUUCGCCAGUCCUAUUCGGCACAUUGGACACAGUGGAAUCAGGAUUAUGACGACGAUAUGCGGGACGUGCCCCGUGGAUUUCCGGAUGUCGAGACGAUAAGAUAUGCAGAUGAGCAAAUGAUUGUGUUUCCUAGUUAUGGACGAAGGCAUGUGAGAAAAGUUCCGGAGGUUGAUUAUAGGGAUUUGGGUCAGGAGUCAUCGUUGUGGACGGACCCUGACGAUCUGCAGUCGACUGGGAAUAUGGAGUAUUGGAGACGGGAGUGGGAGGAAUAUGAGAUGGAUAAUGCGAUUGUGGAUGUCGAUGUGAGAGGAUGGAUAUUUGCGCCUCAUCGGGGACCAAUGAAUAGGAGGAAUCGUAUCUUGAUCUCCCUAGCUAGACGGUUGAGUGGGAUACCGGCUCCCAAUAUUUCUACUCUGGAGAGCAAGCCAACGCACACAUCCCUGACUGAGGAAGCUUUGGUCGAAAAACAGGAACAAUCGAUCAUUAAUAGGACUCAGAGGGACACGGAUCCGGAAUGGCGCGCCGGUUCUGGACGGGAUGCCGCACCUUCUAGAGCUGAAGUGGAACAAAAUUCAUAUUACAACACCAAUGAAGAAAUAGCCGCCGCAAAUGCGCAACUAAUGGAACGGCUACAACCCUUUUUGAACAACCCCAUCAACAAUGUGCCGAUUACGGUCUUCUUUUAUAAUGAAAAAAACAGCCAGUCACGGACAGUUUGUACUAAUGAUGGCGGACACUUCUCAGUUCGUGCAGCCCUUGACUUCGUCCCCACUCAUACUAGGGUGCUGGCUUCCGAAAACCUAUCCGCUACGGAGGAGGUGAGAAUCAUCGAACCAACAGGAAUUAGUUUGAUUAGCGACAUCGAUGAUACUAUAAAGCAUUCCGGAAUCACAAGCGGGGCGAAGGAGAUCUUCAGGAAUACCUUUGUACGCAAUCUUGGAGAUCUUACCGUACAUGGUGUGAAUGAGUGGUAUUCAAAAUUAGCAGAUAUGGAUGUGAGGAUACAUUAUGUUUCGAAUUCCCCAUGGCAGUUAUAUCCCUUGCUUAAGAGCUUUUUCAGUUUGGCCGGUCUUCCCCCGGGAUCGUUUCACUUGAAACAAUACUCGGGAAUGCUGCAAGGCAUAUUUGAGCCUACCACAGAGAAGAAAAGGCCAACGCUCGAAAAGAUCAUGCUUGAUUUUCCGGAGCGCCGGUUCAUCCUUGUAGGCGACAGCGGAGAGGCGGAUCUAGAAUUAUAUACCGAGUUAGUGCUCGCAAACCCGGGGAGAAUACUGGGGGUAUUCAUUCGAGACGUAACGAUACCACCGACAAGCAAAUUCUUUGAUAAAUCGUUUACUCAUGUUGAAAAUCCUCUAUCCCGAAAUCUCACCUCAGAUCCUCCUCCCCUUCCGGAACGCUCAAGUGAGCCUGAGACCCAACGCCCAAAUUUACCUCCCCGAAACUAUCUUGAACGAAAAGAACAGGCGAAGGAUGAAACUAGCUCAGCAAUGAGUGAUCUCAUUGGUCUAAGGAUUGGAGAUGAACCUGCUCCAAUAAACAAAACUGAGCUGGCCAAAACCCCUUCCAAUAAUCGACAGGCACCCCCCAUUCGACCUUCCAAACCAGCAGCUCUUCGGAGCGGAGCCGUCGAAGCGGAUGGAGAUAAGAAAGACUCGCCAUCAUCCAGUGUCCGACGAAAGCCCGUUCCGCCCCUCCCAGAAAAGCCGCGAAGUUUAUCAUCUUCACAAUCCCAAGGACACCCAGAAACUUCGUCUGCUCCUAUCUGCUCCACUGAUACAUCUCAGGCUACCAGACCAGCUCUGCCAAGUCGCUCUUCAACCAGACAAUCGCUGAACAAUCAACAAUCCGCUGAAAACGGGGAGAGCUACGCCGCUAUUGUCCAGAAUAAGAUUACAAACAUAUACAACCAGCUCCCAUCUUCACGGUCAUAUUGGGCCAACGAGAACCCUCCCGCCACGUAUCCGUCCACAGAACAGGCACCACCUUCUCGUCCAGCUAUGAAACAACCGCCGCCACCGCUCCCUCCACCCCGUCGCAGCACAAACAGCGCCUCUUCAAGCCAAUCCACGCUGCUGACCCAAACCACCCAACCCCAACCUCAAUCUCACUCCAAAGCGUCCACAGCGCAGGACCAACGCUAUGGUAACAUAUCCCUCUCCCACUCCCCAUCCCCCUCCUCCCAAUCACCCACCCCACCCCCACCUUCCCGCAAAGGGACAGACACACCUCCACGCCCACUACCGUCGUCAUACUUAUACGCCUCCCCCUCGACAUCACCCACUCCGGCCCCCACGGCCCCAACAGCAGCAACACUGCGAAAUAAGCGAGAGGAAAUCUGGAGGCGGCGAUGGGCGAGGGCGAAGGAUAUUCUGGAUCGGCAAGGGGUUGUGUUGAUGAGUUGGAGGGUGGGUGAGGAUGUUAAGGAUGUUUGUACGAAGUUGGUUGAGAGGGCGGGGAGGGAAAGGAGGAAUGGUAAGUAG